AUGAGCCGGUUUAUUCAAGAAUACUACAAUGAACGAGAACCAUUGUUUUAUCAGUAUUAUAGGAAGCAACCUCUUCUGCCGCUUGGAAUAGCUCUCGAGUCUUUGGUUCUUUCCGUCGAAGGAUUACACCAACACAUGAAAACGGCCGAAACCAAACGUCACCAUUUCUCACAAUACAAGCUCACAGGUGAUGAAUCCGCUGCUAUAUAUCUUUACACAAGUGAAUGGGGCGAACAAAGUUUACAUAACCUGUUAAAUCAGACAAUAACGUCAGAUAGAUAUGGUUCGAUUGCGCCUUGGUUUGGUUUUCUUAAAUUACUGAAUACUGCUUUGGAAAAACUUCCGUCUGUUAAAGGUGUGUUUUUCCGUGCUAUGCGUAAAGAUAUUGCCAAUAAAAUCUACAAGAAUAGAGAGAUAAGUUGGUGGAACUUUAGUUCAUGCUCAUACUCAAGCAGUUUUAUCAGACAGCUAAUCGAUGAAAACCUAUGCCUUUGUUCAAUAGAAGUUUUGAACGGCAAGAAUGUACGCAAUUUUACAGCUAAUACGGGUGAGGACGAAGUACUACUAUGUCCAGGCACACGGCUAUUAAUUAAAACCGUCAUUAUCGAUUCUUACACAAACAGCGUUUCCCGGUUAUCUUUAAAAGAAAUCUGCCCCGACAUCUCUGAAACAUCGCAGUCAGUUGAUAAAUCUAUUUCACCGCAAAGAUUGUUGCCGAGAAACGAUAUAAGUUUGCAUAAUGGUACAGUUUUAUAUCGACCGUCAGAAAAUACUGCAAGAAGCAAGUCUUCUUUCUCAGUCGACAGAGACAAUAAACACGAAGACAACAGAGUGAUCUCGACUAUCAAAUUUAUGACUGGUGGUAUAUAUGAAGUUAGUCAGGUAAAUGGUAAGAGAGAUGGAUUUGCCAAAUAUACCAGUGUUGAUGGAAUGGUGUACAAAGGCUAUGAAGCUGAAAGUCGAGCUACAGGGAAGGGCGUUUGGAUAUGUUCCAAUGGUGAUCGAUAUGAAGGAAAUUUUGAGCGUGGUAGAAUGCAGAAAUUUGGCAUUUUCUACCGUAGUGGCGGUUAUGUUUAUGAAGGCAACUGGUUGCUUGGGAGACCUUACGGUCAUGGAAAAAGUAUGUGGUCGAACGGAACUUGCUAUGAAGGAUUUCAUGAAAACGGAAAACCAAACGCUGUUGGCAGAUUUUACUCUAACGACGGUGAUGAGUACAAAGGUGAUUACGUAGAUGGAAAAGCACAAGGUUGGGGAAAACGAAGGUGGAAAAAUGGUGAUUUCUAUGAUGGGAAAUUUGACAAUGACAGAAAACAUGGCUACGGCACUUAUACCUACAAAAGUGGCAGCAUAUAUGCUGGUGCUUGGUUCAAUGACAAAAUGAGUGGUGAUGGAGUGUUCGUCUGGAUCAGUGGUAGUCAAUAUGAUGGUGCGUUUUUGAAUGGAAAAAUGCAUGGUUAUGGUCGGUUAACUUUUGCAGAUGGCCGUAGAAAACUAGGAUACUGGAAAAAAGGCAAGUAUGUCGGCAAAACAUCACCGCAAUGA